UUCGGUGGAAGUAUUUUCACUUUUUAACCAAACUUUUGUUUAACCAUCAAAACCAUAGAGCCUUGCCUUCUGGGAAAGCUCAUAUGAAAGGGUGACCACAUCAAAAGGAUUAUUGUGUUCAUCAAAAACAAAGUUUACCCCUAUUGAUAUAUUCUACUUUCUUGCUUCACCUUGGCAACGAAGAAGUUUGUUUGGAUUUCACCAAUUUUCUUGUCCAAUGAGUACAAGUUUUUCGGCACAGCAACAUGUCCAAAGCCACCACAAUUAAGGAGGCCCUGAAGCGCUGGGAGGAGCGGGAGCAGCAAAACUCCCUGACUGCCAAGGUUAUUGAUCUGCAAUUCCAGUGGCCACCCAUCGAAAAAAUGGACAGCACAUUGGGCACGCUGGUGCAGUGCGAGAGAAUCAGCAUGUCUACAAAUAUGAUUGAAAAGAUAUUCGGCCUAUCGGGCAUGAAAUGCCUCAAGGUUUUGUCUUUAUCCCGAAACUACAUUAAGCAGAUAUCGGGACUGGAGGCGGUGGCUGAAACCCUGGAAGAGCUGUGGCUCAGCUAUAACCUAAUCGAGAAAAUUAAGGGAUUGACUGGUCUCAAAUGCCUAAAGGUGCUGUAUAUAAGCAACAAUUUAAUCAAGGACUGGUCGGAGUUUAAUCGCCUGGCCGAGAUCGAGUCCCUCGAAGACCUAGUGGUGGUGGGCAAUCCCCUGUCCGAGGGAUUAGACGAGCCCACUUGGAGGGCGGAGUGCAUCAAGAGACUGCCCACAAUCCGUAAACUGGACGGCGAACCAGUCGUGCUCAACGAGGAGCCUCAGCUCUAAAAUCGGUGGCUAUUCGGUUGUAAUGGAUGUUGAAGAGAUUGGGUUACCCAUACGAAUAGAUGAGAAAAUACAGAAAACAGAAACAGGUUUAUAAUUGCAUUUCUAUUGAAAUAUUGCACAAUAAAUAGAAGCAAUGCAAAUGUGGUGACGAUAA